UAAUAUUCUUAAAAGAAUGCCUACAUUUGUUGUUGGCAAUGACAUACAUGUGCCAAAUCCUCCAAUUGGAAUUGGAAAAAAACAAAUGUUCCUCCACGGGCAGUAUUCUGUCAAAUUUCUUGUUUGUUGGUUGUUAAAUUAUCCGCAGCGGGUUUCAUUCGCCAGUCGUAAACAGAUUUUCCACCAAAAUAUAACGUGUGGCCGAAGUUACAAAGCUCCCCGCAAAGAAUGAACAACGCAUUUGCAUAAUUUGUAUAAAUAUCACGUAUUAUGGGUGUUUUUUUCUAAAGAGGACAAGUGCAAUAAACAUUGUGUGUGACAUCCAACGCACGGGAGCAAGUGUUGUGUGUGUCGGGCGUGUUUGUGGGUGCAAAGAAUUUCGAGUGCAUCGAAUGCAUAUGCAUAUUUUUUUUGCAAACAAAAUAAAAAAGCUAAGUGCUAAUUUGAGUUUUUCAUUACUUCAAGUGCUCCGUGUUGAUUGUUGAGUGUUUUUGUGUCGCUAUGGUUUCAUGUUAAAUUGUUGCAUCGUUGUCGGUCAAUUGGAAAUUGAAACCAAAACAAUCCCCUCUCUGCAGGUGGUGGAGGGCGGCCACAUAGAUUCUGAGGGAGUGGGCAAUUUGUGUUUUUGUUGCCGGUAGAAUAAACGCCAAACACGCUGUAAAGGCUUAAAUGGGAGGCGUAAUUUGUUGAAGAUACGUACAAGACGCAGUUUCAGAAAUUGGGUGCAGGAAGCAAAACAAAAAAAAAAAAAUAUUAAGUGAUGAUGGAAAAUAUCACCGAAAGUUGGACCUAUUAUUUGUACGUGCUGCUGACACUAGUUCCAGUCUAUUUGGCAUUUCAAUUAAUUAAGUUUUUCGGCUGGGAAUUGUUUGUCAACAACUGACAACAACAGAAUAAACUACAAAAGUAGAUAAAUGAAGGAUUCUAAUAACAGAGCACAACCUCAAGGAUAUCAACGUAAGACGAACAAAAGCCGAAUAGGCUAAGUAAAGGAUGCCGGUGGUGGUAGUGUUAUUGUUGUUGUUAAAGUAAUAGCUCACCAUCAACAAUAAGAAGUAUUUAUGUAAUAAAUAUAAAUCAUUUACGGCAUUUAGCGUGUCAAAAGAGAAAGAGAGAGAGAGAAAAAAAAGAAG